AUGCGCGAUCGUGGUACUUACCAGAACGGACCUGCCCAUUCGUGCAACAGCCGAAGCUGUUGCGAGGCUUUAUGGCAGCAGCAGCAGUUCCACUUCGCGUUUGGUCAGCGACCGUUCCCCUUCCCGCCCGACCCGCUCGGCGGCUUCCGUAUGCCGCCAAUCACAACAUGUCAAAGUCAAAAUCGAAAUCGCCAAGCUGCGAUAGGCCGAACGCCCGCCGAAACGGAUUCAAUCGGCUCACGCGAAAAGGCCGAAACGCAAUCGGAAUACGCGGUCGCCCCGCCGAAGGCACCACCGAAACAACUCGCCGUGUUCGAGAAAAAAGGCGUUCGCAAAUCGACGCGCCGCGCGUAUAAAAACCAACUCCACCGAUCGCCGGCCAAAAACGACAUGAGCCAAUUCGGGCUGAGCUCGAGCAACUCGCAUUGGGGCUACGGCAGCGCUGGUGCCUACCCAGCGUACCUGCCAUCGUGUGCGGCGCCCAGCGCCACCCAAUUCAACCCGCCCGCCCUCGGCUUCGCUGGCACUGUACCCGAUCAGACGCCCACUCAGGACUUCGGCACGAAUAAUACAGUGCUCCCGGAUACGACUGGCGUGGACUUGGACCAGCAGCUGUCGGGGCUGGUGGGCUCGUCGCCGUCGCACCACGGCAGCCUCCUGCCCCGGUACAACAACAACGUCGAUUACGGCCUCUCGACGGGGCCCAGGUCGCUCAGCGACAACAGCUCGCAACCCGAGUCCCCAGUGCAGGACGACCUACUGACGUCUAACACCACCACGAACAUACACAACCAUUCGAACAGCGCCAACUUUCCAGCCCUAAUGGGCUCGCAGAACACCUCUUAUGGCGGGGGCAACUGCAAUAACUCCCUAUAUCCCGUUCUACCCGCCAGCCUGCUCUACAGCCAGCUGUACACGGCGGCGAACCAGUCGCACAACUUUCACUCGCUACAUACGAACUCGAUACACUCGACGCAGAACCACCACAACGAACUGCAGACGAUGAUGGAUCAGAUCUCGUCGACGACAAACAACCACAGGCAGCACGGGAACCAUGGGCAGGGCGAUCUGCUGCUAGGCUCCGGCAACUCCUGCGCGGCAGCCGCAUCCAGGGGUGAGGAUGGAAGAGUGAACAGCCUGGGACAACGCGGCAACCCUCAACCAGACAGCAACACCGUCUGGCGACCCUAC